AUGUCCCUCCCCGGACACCGUAGUACAUGCAGCCCCGCAGGGAUCAUGUUGAAGGUGACAGGUAGUGCCAUGCCGGGAGCGCUGAGUUUGACGCCGAUCACCGUCUUUGCUGCAGGCGGAGACGGGGACAAAGAGACGACCGCCCCGCUACGGCUGGACGAGCUGUCUCUGUACAGCGCUCCUCAGCAGAAGCCCCGGUGUGUGGAGCCUGAACCGGGUCAGCUGGAGGACAGUGUCGCCACCCUCAGGAAGUCCAUACAGCCGUACACGGACUGGUGUCAGGCAACCUACAGCAAAAUUCAACCCAAAGUUCAGAGAGCCGUCCGGUUCGGGAACGACACCUACGCCUACUUGAAGGACCCGCCGAAGGACUUCUAUCCCCGGGCAGGAGUCAUCGGCUUCACCGGCAUCCUGGGGCUCUUUCUUGCAAGAGGGUCCAGGAUCAAGAGGCUGAUCUACCCGGCGGGCCUGGUGGCCGUCAGCACCUCCCUCUACUACCCGGAGCGGGCUGCGACCAUCGCAAAGUCAGCCGGAGACUCCGUCUACGACCGGGCCGUGCAGAGCUACGCUGCCCUGGAGAAGAUGCUGAAGUCGGGGAGCAAACCUGAGCAAGGCACCGGCACCGGCAAACCCUGAGGAUGUGUGUGUGUGUGUGUGUCUGUGUGUGUGCUUCAGCAACAGCUCGGCUACAAGAAAGCGGCAUUUCCUGAUUCUGUAGAUCGACAUGUGCUUCCUAGACAGGCUCUGAUGUGUGUGACUCUCUCAUGCCCACUAAUUGCACUAAGCUUUAAACGCAUCUCAGGCACAAGAGAUAUGCAACUUGACUGAUUUACCUCCGCUUGUGAUUUGAAUGUAUAUUUAUGUAGAGAAUUAAUAAAAGAAUCAAUUGUCUUACUUUUAAACUGG